CACCUUGGUCCAUCGCCCGUAAGAAGCAAUCCACUGAAAAUCUUGGUCGCCGUAUCUACAGAGGCUGGCCACCAUCGACACUCCUGGAAUCGACUAAUGUUGCCCGCAUCAUCGCCGAGCAGUUGCCUGUUGGGUCAUCAAACUGCCACUCCUUCUCUACCCGUCUCCGCGUCUUCCGUCCACAGAAAAUCGUCGUGCUUUGGGCAACGGUGACGGCAAUCCAAGAAUAAUAAUGGCAAGGGAUGUUUGAUAGGCACUCCACCUGGGAAACGAAAUGCAUCCGGCGAAGAGAAGAAAGUUGCAGCAACCUGGCGGGUUCCUAAACAAACCUUUUCGCUCACCGCUUCGCUCUACUAAUCCUCAGGCUCAGCCAUCUGCUGAACAAGCUCAUAGUCAAGUUCCGGCUGCAGGGCUUCCAUCCAACGCGCAACUUUCAUCACCAGAGAUAAGACCAGGCAUUCGAUCAUCUCCUCGAAGUACUUCCAAUCCACGAUUAUCUUCCCGACUGGCACCCCCCGACUCCGCAUUGAGAGACCUUCAGAGGCAGCACACUGCAUUGUCCAUCCGGCUCACUCAACUGCGCCGGUCUCUCCAAACGGCAGAGGAAGCUCUUCAGAUCGAGGGAUCAAAGCAAAAUGCUGAACUGCAGCCUCUGAUCUCCCGAUGGCGGACCAUUGCCCAAGAUACUGCAGAAGAGCUCUUCGCGGAUGCCAAAGAGAGGAUUGACCAGAUGGGAGGAGUUGCCCAGUGGCGACGAAAGCUCGAGGAGGACGCACGGCUGUGGACCAUCAAUGAAGAUAGGGAGGCUUUCGCAGGCAAAUAUGCAGGUGAUGUCAAAGAUGAUCGCGGUCAAGGAGAUGGAGAGGAACCGGAUCCGGCAGAACUUGUGGAUUGUGAGAGCGACGCCGAGUCCAAAGAGAUCUGCUUCACCAUGGAGAUGAUGCUCAACCAAAUGAACAUUGAUUUACAAUCCAUCGGCUUUGAUAAGCACCAGGAAUGCUGGGUAUGACUGAUGCUUCUGCAAGGGAUCACGUCGUCAUUAAAUGCAAGUCUCAUGUGAGAAACGCAGCAAGGCCCAGAGCAAAGAUGAGCUGAAGGAAGAGGCAUUCGUCCAGUAUUCCUGUCCUCAUACGGCAACUUCGUCUUGCCUAAUCGAGAAACGAUCCAAUGAGAACCACCAAGAAGGCUGACAAAGCACAUCCGCGUGGCAUUGGCUUGCCUUGGCCCUGGAGGCAGAAUCUCAAAAAACCCGCACAUACCCUGGAGACCAGCAGUUAUAUGGUCCUGUGCUUUUGUCCUCGCCCCGCCUUAUUCACAAGAUCGUUGAGAUGAGGUUUGAUAGGCAUUUUCCGUGCUGAGAAAUGCCAGAGCGGAGCCAUGGAAAGGAAGAGCAAAAUGGCAAUACAUGCCCAGGUGAUUGAAGCAAACCAGCAGUAUAAGUAGGUAUCACAAAUUCAAGUCGAACCCAAUCUAUUUCAAUA